UUCUGGUCACACCAUUUUCUCCCACAAAAACCAUUCCCAUUCGCAGCAACAGCACAACACAACACACAACACUCAUCAUCAUCAUCAUCAUCACACAAUGGACGGUCACGGUGGGCCUGGGUCCAACAGAGCCGAAGCUGAACGGUGGCUUUACACAGCCAACAAGCUCCUCACCGCACGUGACCUGCACGGGGCCCGCUCAUUCGCCAUCCGGGCCCGAGAAUCCGACCCGAGAUUCGACGCAACUGAGCUCCUCCUCGCCGUCAUCGACACACUCCUCGCCGGCGAGUCUCGGAUCAACGACCACCUCGACUUGUACUCCAUCCUCCAAGUCCUCCGGUACACUCAGAACAUCGAGCACAUCGCCGCCCAGUACCGCCGCCUGGUCAUCCUCCUUGACCCUCACCGUAACCCCUUCGCCUUCUCCAGUCACGCCUUCACGCUCGUCCAUGACGCGUGGACCGUACUCUCCAACCCAACAAAGAAGGCACUAUACGACAACCAACUCAGAUUGCUCACCGAACCCCCUCCUCCUCCUCCACCUCCUCCACCUCCCCCUCCCCCUCCCCCUGCUCCGCCGAUUCAGAACCCUACGUCCAAUAUCACCGAAGGGAGAAGUUUCUGGACGGCGUGUCCGUACUGUUACGUCAUGUACGAGUACCCGAAGGUGUACGAGGAGUGUACCCUCCGCUGCCAGAGUUGCCGGAGGGGGUUCCAUGCGGUGGUGGUGAGGUCACCGCCUUCGUCUUCUUUGACCGGGGAUGAUAAAGAUGGUUCCUUUUGCAGUUGGGGAUUUUUCCCUGUAGGGUUUUCUGGCAAUUUCAAGGAUAUCGGUGGGUCUUCUUCCAAGUGGAACCCUUUUUCUCCUUUGUUUCCUUGCUCUUUGAGAGGAGAUUCCAAUAAGCCUCGUAAAAAGGAUUGGGUUUUUUAUGACGAUGAUGCUUCUGCGGAGUUCGUGGAUCUUUCCGACACGACGGAGGAGGAUUCCGAUGACUGGGACUGGCGGCGCGGGAAGAGGAAGGAGAGGAAGGAGAGGAAGAGGGGAAGGAGAAAAGGCUCUGCUGGUGCUGGUGUUAGUGGUAAAAGGACACCAAUUGAGAGACCUAGGAGGGGGAUUCAUAAUAGUGAUGGGCAUGCUAAUGUGGAUAAUGGUGAGGCUGUUGAUGGUGCCUCUGCAGGGUCAAAUGCUGCAAGGCCGGAAUCUAGCAAGAAAGCAGUAUUGGUUAGUUCCAGGAGGAGGGGUGCAGGAAACUUGGGCAAGUUGGAUUUGAAUGUGGAAUUUAGCAAUGAGGUGGAAGAGCCUGCCCCUGAAGUGAAUGAAGGGAAUGUGAAUGGGAAUGUUACUGGAAAUGGGAAUGCUGAGGAUAAUAUAGAAGGGAUUGGGUUUUUUGAGGGGCUUGAUGAAUUCCUGAGUAGUUUACCCAUUCUCAAUGUUGUUGCGGAUGAAAAGGUUAAGGGUCAAUAGUCCUGUAGGCGUCUGCUUUCUGUUGUUGUAGAUUUACUUGUAGGUUGGUACCUGUCGCACAAAAUGAUGUUGAGCUGUUGUGAAUUGUUGUCAUGUUUUGUCUUAUAAUAAUUUGCGGCAAUAGCUCCUUAUUUUGUUUUGAACUAUCCAAGGAGCUUUACUUUAUCUCAUGUAGAUUGUAGUUGUUCUGUGGUGGAAGGAUGUAUUACUCAUUGAAUCACACACUCACACUAAUGACACAUGAGAGCUUGGUUUGGAGUUGUACUUGACCCUUAAACUCUGAACUGUGUGUGUGUCAGUCAUCUUUCUUAUAUGUAGGUAACCGUAGUUGUUAGCUAUACCUUGUACGCAAAACAUUUCCCUAAUCGAUAUAGGUGUUUCGUUUUAUGUUCAUGUUUUGUUGAUUCAUAUAGCCCAAUUCCUACCUAACGAGAUCAUAACGCUUGGGUUUUUUAUUUUUGUUUUUAUAGUGGUGAUUAUUCUACUCUGUUCUUCUUUGGUAUUUCUCUGGCUUUACUCUUGUUUUGUAAGGUGAAGAUUCUUUGAAAUAAGUUAUCGUUUGUAAUUGUUUCUCUCUGGUCAAUGUGUUAAAAUGUUGUAAAUGGAAAUGUUGAAAGAAGCUGAAAUUUUCUCAAGAAGCUUUUAUUUUGGAGUAUUAGUUGAGCUCUCCCUGAGGAUUAUGCUGUUUUGUCUAUGUCUAGUCUUUUCUUUCAUUUCAUCCUGGUUAGUUCUUCGUCCUUUUCUUCCAGGCUUAAACAUAGAACUAGUGUUUUUUACGAAGCAAUAACUGGGUGUGGUAAUACCCGUUAGGUCUUUGGCACUGUUAACUGCUUGUGUAGUUUAAGGACACUCACAUUUACUAGAGAUUGCUUAUGGUUUGUCUACUUGCCUCAGCUUUUCAAAAUGUCAACUAAUUUGGAUUUGCCUAUGAAUCCAGCAGGGUAUGUGUUUGGUAUAUUAUUUUAAUAUUUACCUGUGAACUGUUUAUACUAGGUGCUGCUUAUCCUUUUCAAUUAUCCUUUUCAAAUUGUAGGUGCGCCCUCAUUUGGUUGUGUGCUUUAAUUCCCUUUCAGAAAUAGACCGCUAUAGUAAUAUCUCCUUGGGUAAUGGUUAUUAAAGCUUACACUUGGCUCAGAUGCUGCAUCUUUCUAGGUGCUUUAAGCAUUCUGUUUGUAGUCCUCUACUUGAUCUCAGACUUGGGAAGGAGUAUAUAAUGAUUAUUGAUACAAGUCAUGGACAGGGAUCACAGCAGGUGCCUUACUGAGUUCGGAAAGAAUGGCCUUCCUAUGCUUAUUUGUUUUGUUGAUCCGUCUGCAAUUUUCCCUUAGUUGCAUGUAGCAUUUUUUUUCUUCUAAAAGGGAUUGUUAGUUGUAUUUUUUGUUUUCAUAAACAUCUGUCAGGAUGCCUUCAAGGUGAGAUUGGCUUAUACACUAUGCUUUAUGAAGUGUUAAGAGU